GCCUACUGGGUGGUUCUCAGAGGCUUAUAUAACUGAGUUGCACACACGCUGUAUCCUUCCUACGCAAAAAAAGAAUUUUAAGCUCCCUUCCCAGUUCGAGCAACAGGAAAGAAAAUACUUGGAAACAUGGCUGGGAAACCUAAGCUUCAUUACAUGAAUACAAGAGGCCGCAUGGAAACCAUAAGAUGGCUGUUGGCUACAGCUGGAGUUGAGUUUGAAGAACCAAUGAUCAAAUCAAAGGCAGAUCUAGAAAAAUUGAGGAAAGAUGGAGUCCUGCUCUUCCAGCAAGUGCCCAUGGUGGAAAUAGAUGGGAUGAAGCUGGUGCAGACCCGAGCCAUUCUCAACUAUAUUGCAGAAAAAUACAAUCUCUAUGGUAAAGACAUCAAGCAGAAGGCACUAAUUGAUAUGUAUGGUGAAGGUGCUUACGACCUGGGUGAAAUGAUCAUGAUGUUGCCCUGGAAAUGCACUGAUCCAAAGGAGAGGGAGAAGGAAGCAACAGCUCUCAUUGAGAAAGCCACUGACAGAUAUUUCCCAGCCUUUGAAAAGGUCCUGAAAGAUCAUGGACAAGAUUUUCUGGUGGGGAAUCAGCUCAGCAGAGCAGAUAUCCAGGUGCUUGAGGUCAUUUUAGCAACUGAAGAGAUGAAGGCUGACGUCCUCUCCAAGUUUCCUCUUUUACAGGCCUUUAAAGCAAGAAUAAGCAACAUCCCCAACAUUAAGAAAUUUCUUCAGCCUGGUAGUCCAAGAAGACCACCCCCUGAUGAAGCAACUGUUGCCGAUGGAUUUAAAAUUUUUGAUUGAAUUGUUGCUGUCAAUGAUGGCCUAUUCACUAUUGUUCACUAUUGUAGCUUCAAGUAAAAUGCAAAAAUUGAGAUGGAGCAGUUUUUUCAAACAAUUCCAGAAGCCUGAAAUCAAACAUUGGCAUAAGGUCUGGGUAAAGCCACAUAACUACAUUAGGAAGCUCAGUUGAUAACAGAACUGCAAAACUGACUACGAAGAAACUAUCAUAGUAAGGUAUAUUAUUAGACUAAUAUAAAAUAAAAUAUUCUACAGCAA